AUGACUGCUCACUUCAUCCCCGCGCAUUUCUGUCUGUGUGGGCCAUGCGAGAAAAGAUCUAGAAGCGACACUGCCUGCACAUGGACUACUGACUCUUCGCGGAUUCCCCAUGCUUCCACAGAGUACAUUAGACAGCUUGAGGAUAGGAUCAGACUGUUGGAAGGCCAGAACAGUCGAGGCCACCAAAUCCAAGGUAGCAAUGGCCGCGAUAGUGUUUCGGAAGAAUCCAUACCACGAACGACAGGUAGACAGAUAGCCCCAUCCUCAACUUCGCCCAGGUCUAUCACAUGGCAGACGUCCGUUCCUUGGAUGGGACCCUCGUUGUUUAGCACUCCAGGGACAAGUGCAGACUUUCACCCAUCAACCUCAGCCACCUCUCUAGAGAGCACGGAUUCGAUAUUCAUCUCUAAUAAUCAUUCCGAUCAUGAAAUGAUAAUAGAUGACAGCCACGGUCAGGAGUUCCUCGACGGCCCCGUUCCUAGAAACUUUAUGCAAGACUUCGAAAAAGCAAUCACAGAGAAGCUUGGUGGAGCACCACAGCCCGCAUCAAGUGGUCGAGAUCGAAGUCGCGAGAAUCUAUCCUCGAUAGCUCCGAGCUAUGGUUCAGGGCAGAAGAAUUUGGACCAUGGCCUGCCUGCCCGCGACCACGCCGAUAGAUUGCUUAAUUCCUACUGGAAUGAUGUCCAUGUUCUAUAUCCAUUUCUGGACAAACCACAAGUGGAAGAAGACUACAAUAAGAUCUUCAACCAAGAAAACUCCAUACCCGACAAGAAUUCGUUUUUAUGUUUGCUCAAUUGUAUAUUUGCCAUCAGCAGCCAACAAGUUAGACUGGCCGUUCCACACCAUGAGCAUUUAGCUGCCACCUUUUGCUUGAGAGCACGAGAAUUGCUGGACAUCAAAUCAUACUCUAUCCGUUCGGUACAGUCAUAUCUGCUCUUGGCACUGUAUUUCCAGAGUAUAAGUGAUCCUCGUACGUGUUGGAUGUUUACCGGACUCGCAAUACGCACAGCGCAGAUUUUGCAACUUCACGUAAUCGAAACAAGUCAACGAGAGCCAGAAAGUCGAACCAGAGAUCUGGUCCGCAGAGUCUGGCAUGGUUGUGUGCUCAUGGAUAGAGAAAUUUCCAUGAUGUUUAAUCAAUCAUGUAUGAUUGAUCCAAAGACAGCCGCCGCUAUCCCCCUCCCCCUGAUGGUGGAAGAAAACAUUCAGCUAGGACACGUUCAAUCGCACACUACCCAGACGCAACCAUCUCGUACUGCUGAUUUCUACAUCAGCUGUCUAGGGUUAUAUGAUAUCUUACAUGACAUCCUGGUCUAUCUCCACUCCAGUAAAUCUCAAAGACACUCUAAAAAUGGAUGCUCUGAUUCUGAACAUAUCUCACCUUCGGACACGAACACUUCCAUUGUCGAGCUCGAGGAGAGGCUUUCGAAGUGGGAACAAAACAUUCCUAGCCAUUACAAAGUUGGACUCCAUACUCCAUAUAAUAGCAUGAAUGGUGUGCUAGCCCGUAGGGCAGUAAUUCUUCGUCAGAGACAUAUUCACGCCCACUUACUGUUAUUAAGACCUAUGCUUCAAAGUUUCAUUACCUCUGAGCUUCAAAACAAAGGAGAAGCCCUUCCUGUUGGAAGCCUGCUCUCUCACCGGGUCUCCCUUCAAUGUGCAAUCGUAUGCGUGAAGAUGGCUCAAGAAGCUAUUGACACUAUAUACAUUAAUGAAGGUAUAAGUUCAAACGAAAUGAGGGAUCUGUCUGCAUGGUGGUGUAAUACAAUAUUCUUGUAUACAUCUGCGACAGUACUCAUUGCCGCCAGCCUUUGCCCCUCCGUCGUGGCUGAAGUAUCAGAAAAUUCAGUUUAUGAUAGCUUUCAUAAGGCCAUUGCAGUUCUUAGACAGUACACAAACUUUAACUCGUCGAUCCUCCGACUGACUACUGCAUUACACGUGUUAUCAUCAAUUAUACCCAAACAUUACUCCAAGCUAAAGCAGGCAGCUGCACAACAAACCGAAACCAGUGCCGAUGUCGUUACAUCUGGGGACACCUUUACCGCCGCUACAUUUCAAUACUGGUGUCCAAUAAGACCAAAUCGUCGUCAACCAUCUCCUCUCAGUGAUCCUCCUAAGGGGAACUCUACCUCUGAAAUAAAUAACCACAACCACGUUUCCUCUCCGUCCCUCUCAAAUCUGGAGCUGAUGUUUGAUUCAGACGACUUUUCUUGGCUUACAAAAAUACCCUUUUAUACUUAA